AUGAGCCCAGACGCCGACAGCACCAUAGUCGGAGUAGAGCUGGAUCACGAGGAGAAAUGGUGUCACAUGAACGCACCCGGCCUGACUGUAUGGAGGGUCGGCAUCAAUAAACUCGAUCCAUUCGAGGCAUUACCGAUACAAAUGCCAUUCAAGUCACAAGAACUCCUCCAUUACUGUACGAAGGCAUGCAUGACACUCAUAUCUGGGACCGUGUCUGACCAUUCAUCGCUAGUCCUCGGGGCUGAGACCCUCCUCAAUAACGCCGCCUCACGAGCGACGCCAAACCGUGCCCAAUUUCUCGAGACGGGACAAAUCCAAUGGCGACCAGAGGACGAUUGUAUCGCCCUGACGAUGGCCGAGCCCACUUACUUUAGAAGUACUUUAAUGCUCGCAGGUUUACACUACAUGUGGAAAGUUGGAGCUUUCCAGGAAUUUGAAAAAUCCGUCCUCUUCCACAAACAACAGUUAAUUCAGCUUGUCAAUUCCUGGCUCCUCGGGGACAUCAAGUUGAUCACUAGUAAACAGCUGAAGUUGAUUGCCAUCCUCUCUAUCACCGAGAGCUGCGUUGGAAACUAUCCCGUGGCCGAGGCUCACCUCUCCGGCCUUUUAUCUCUUAUUGAGAUGCGACAAGAAAAUAGGUGCCCUGAUAACAUAAGACCGGAAUCCCCUGAACAGGAAGAGGCUCUUGAGCGGCUUAUACUUGUGGCACACCAUUUUGCAUCUGCCGUAAAAAGUCGCCUCACACAUACUCUAGCUGGUGAUAUCAAUUAUGCUAGCAUUUGGCAGCGUUCCUUCACCGGGAUCCCAGAAAAUCUCGUCGCACUUCGCCAGAUUCCUUUCUACCUCCAGGAGAACCGGCCUCUUAUAACCCACCCUAUUAUGGCCGUCAAAGUCAUUGACGCGCUGAGAGGAUUAACCGAAGCAGUGAGAAAGCGACGAGUUAACGACGGUGCACCUCACGUUGUACAUGACCCCUCUCUUGCUAACGACACAACAAUCUGUGAUAGCCAAGACCCAGCUACCUGCACUGGUUGCAAGAACUUAAGCUGCUUACUAUUCGCCUUCACCGAAGCUCACGUCUCGUCUACCCUACCGACUGCAAACCAGGCUUUAGAGGGGACUUUGCUGGCUUCGUGGCGGGCCUUGGCCGCAUCCGUAGCGUUAUACCUGAACAAUGUUCUCCUUCUUUGGAACUCAGGUCAGCCAAUUGAUCGACGUUUAUUCUUGAGGAUUCUAGAGACACUCGUUCAUCACGCACCGGAGCUCAAAAAUGAGUGGAAUAUGCAAUCAAGGAGGGCGAGUGAGCUUCCAUUCUGGAUGCUUUAUACUGCCUCUUUUGCCCUAGCAACUCAUCCUCAAGAAGGCUCUGAUCAGCAAAUCGAAGAAAUACGCUCGUGGCUUCACAAGAAAAUAAAGACAUGGGCUCGUACAUAUCAAGUCCUAGAGUGGACGGAUGCACAAGCCUCCCUAUCUAACAUCACAUGGCCUCAGCCCAGGGGAGACUUGCAAGAAGAGAUUGCACGGCAGGUUUGGGAUGCCAUAUUAUCUGACUUGUGA